CAGGAUUUUAUAAUUAUUUGAAGAAGUGAAAAGGUAGUGUAGUGGUGUUGUCUUGGUGAUAAAUAGAGCAUGAUCAGGCACGAAACAGGAGCCACAACCUCAACCUGCUACCUGCUACCUGCUACCUGCUACCUGUUGCCGUGUCUGUCUCUGUUAAGGGAAAAUGGGCACUUCAGGGGUUGUCAUGUUCACCACACACUUCUUCUCACCUCUUUCUCAAUCUCAACUUCGGACUUCGUCACGCGUUCCUCCCCGCAUUCGCUGCUCAGCUUCUUCUACUUCUGAGCUUACCCCAGAUAAACUUCCAGUUAGUACUUCUGUAACUGGUGGCGCAUAUGAUUUUGCUAAAGCAACAACAUCACUGACAAAUGAGUUAAUCUCUUCACCAAAGAGAGUGACUCUUUUAAGGCAUGGUCUUAGCACUUGGAAUUCAGAAAGUAGGAUUCAGGGAAGCUCAGAUUUGUCUAUAUUAACUGAAGUUGGGGAAGAGCAAGCAGAAAGGUGCAAGAAAGCCUUGGAAAAUAUUUACUUUGACCAGUGUUUUGCAAGUCCAAUAUCUCGUGCCAAGCAAACUGCUGAAAUUAUAUGGAAAGGGAGGGAAACGCCAUUGGUUUAUCUUGAUUCGCUUAAAGAGAUAUCUCUAUAUCACCUUGAAGGCAUGAAAAAUGUGGAUGCUAGGAAAAUAUAUCCCAAAGAGUAUACAAUCUGGAGGGAAGAUCCAGCCAGUUUUCACAUGAAUGGUAGAUAUCCUGUACGAGAUCUCUGGAUAGCUGCCAGAGAUUGCUGGAAGGAAAUGUUGUUGUCUCCUGGAGAAAGCUUUCUGGUCGUGACUCACAAAUCUAUAUUGAGGGCUUUAACUUGCACUGCUUUAGGUUUGGGCCCAGAGAGGUUUCGUUCCAUUGAUAUCAACAAUGGUGGGAUAUGUGUGUUCAACUUCAAUGUCAGAGGAGAAGCGAUGCUUGAAGCUUUAAAUAUGACGUCUCACAUGUACAGUGAUCAUGUCUAUCCUGGCUAGUGCAAACUAACAUGGGGAAGACAACGAUUAUCAUUUUAAUCGUUCAUUGAAAUAUACCACUGAAUAUUCGAUGUGGAUUUUUUCGUUUUAAACUUUUAAUUAUAUGAACUUCAGAAUCCGUGGCAAGUGGGUGGAUCCAACCAUGAAGCAGGUUCGUCAAUGCCUUUUUUGUAGCAGGGGGGUUUAACAUAUCCGAUUGAAAUGGCAACCCCCUGCCCCCUUGAUAUAAAAUAUAGAUGGAGAAAUUAAAGUAUAAUUUGUGCAAAUGAAUGAUGUUAAUUCCAACACCAGGUGUACUGAGAUUAUUCAAUCUCCUCAUUUUUUAAUAAAUAUUGUUUGACGUCGUGCAAAAUCUAGCAAACUCAUCAUUCUUAUUUCGAUAAAU